AUGGCAUACUCUCGGGUGCUGCUGGCGCUCAUCGGAGGCUUCCUGCCUUCGGCGGCAGCUGAUAUGGCCUCGACCUGCAAUGUGAGCCUGGCCUGCAUCGACGACAGCAACGUGGCGGAGUGUGAGCGGAUGUACACGGCUUGCGGCGACCAGAUGGUGUUCAUGGAGUCUUGUCCGCUCCAGUUUGCCUGCCCACCGUGCCCCUGCGGCGAGGCCUGCACUUUCGGGGACAAUGCAACUGGAGGUCUCUGCGAUGUCGAUGGCAUCACCUGUGUACCGCCUGCUCCGGGCAACACGGCGCCAAACUGCAGCGCAACGACCACCACAGAGCAAGGCCCUCUGGGAGACUCAGGAGCGAUGCCGCAGGCUGCCUCGGGGGUGCUCGCAGCGCUGGUUUCGUGGUCUCUCCUCUAG